CACAGUGACCCGCAGACAUGGCGGACGUAGACGCAGCGAAAUCCCUGAGCGGUCUUCUGAAUGGAAUAGCUCAGAAAGUGUAUUAUAACAACAGCGACAUCACAGAGGAGCUACUGAAAACGGAGCUGUACCCCGAGCUGCCGCAGGAGGAGUUCAGGGCUUUGCACGAAAAGAUGAAAGGCCUCCUAAAGUCCAUCGCCACAGCAGACAUGGACCACGCCCAGCUGGAGGCCUUCCUCACGGCACAGACCAAGAAGCAGGGCGGUGGAGGUGUGAGCGUGGAACAGGCCGCUGCCCUUUCCCGCUUCUGGAAGAGCCAGCGCAUUCGGGUGAGGGAGAGCCUGCUGGCCCAGAGCCGCUGGGAGCCCAGCCUCAGAGGCCUCUCCUGGAGGGUGGACCUCCAAACCGCCACCAGCCGUGGGGAUGCAGCCCACAGCGGCCCGGUUGCCCUGAUGGAGCUGGAGCUCGGCAAAGUGGGACAGGACUCAGAGUUUGUGUGCCUGGAAUUUGAUGAAGCCAACAUCAACCAGGUGCUGAAGAAGAUGGCUGAGAUCCAGGAGAGCAUCGACAGAAUUGUUCACCGUACCUGAAACUGUGAGAAAGUUUCUCUCAGACAGCUGAGACAUGGUGAGAUGUUCCUCUGACUGGAAGACGACUCCAGCUGUCUCCUGCAAACUGCUGCUCUGUUGGCUCUGUUUCUUCUCCUUCAACAGCGUCACACAGAAAUGGGAGUGUUCAGACGGAUGUAAAAUGGCUUUGACACCUGCUUUCAGACUCUGAAAGGACAUACUGUAUACAAAAUAUAUUUGCCAUUCACGUGUACCUUACACUUAAACAUGUUCACACGGGAUUCUGCCCAGUCUGACUGACUGGUCGGACAAAAGGUUUGUUUACUUUCUUAAUGUGCUGUAAUCAUAAAGUGUUUUAUAUCAGGAUGAUGCUUUUGCAGCCCUCCUCUGUUGGGGGGAAGGUUCCUUUCUAAUUAUGGAAAAGUAGCAUUGAGCAAAGAGAAGACGUGCUCCGUGAAGUUAUCGGACUCCAUGCCAGACUUUUAUGAUUAUGGAAUGAAGCAAACCCGAAUCAAAAGUAUUUAAAAUAAAUGCUGAAGUGUCAUGUAAAAGCAUAUGAUUAAGUUUCAAUCAGCUAAAUGUAACAAAAAUAAUGAGACUGAAAAUGGUUCACCUGAGAGUUUGUUUGAUGUGAAUGACCUUCAUGCCUCAUCUUUACGUCAUCCAAUUCAAGUGUGUGACAAACAUCAGCAUAAUUGACAUGUUUUUAGCAUGAAUGUGGACAUUUAAACUUUAAUACCAGCAUUUUGCUCACAGCUUAUUCCACUACAGACUAAUAUUGACUGUCUUGUGCUAUCACCCUCUCUGAAUGCUAUAAACACGUAGAAUAUUUAGCUACGAUCUAAUUACUAAUGCUAGCAGAUACAUUACUGAAAAUAAUUCAGUAGAACUCUGUUCAUCCCUGUAAGACAAAUGACAUUUGAGAGCAAAAUGCUGAACUGGAACUUGACAUUUGCUAUGUUUAAAUUAAAUUCCUCACAGUAGGAAGUCAGUGGAACAGAAGUCAUUGCGUCCGUUAUCACUGAAAAUCAAAGCUUUGUUCAAGCAGCACGGCUCAUUCCAUACGUCCUGAUUCCUGCUGCAGCUGUGUUUCCACUGGGCUGAACUCACUCUUGCUGUGUCCUUUUUCAUGUUUCUUUAAAGAGGGUUGUUCACUUUCUCCGUCAGUGCUUUUCUUUGUGCAGCCAUGAUGCAGACCAUGUUCUGGUGUUCACAGCUCAUUUUCUAACCGUGUUCAUGCAGUAAAGCCAACUGGAAAUGCUUUUACUGAAUGUUGUUUCAGUGAUCACAGAUUUUUUCCACUGUGUAUUCACUUUGUUUGUUGCAUUCUGUUUCUACUUGGUGACCUUUAUUUUUAAUAAAAUCAUCGCUCAUAGAAGGAAAUACUCUACUUAUCAACUUAGAAAAACUGCAGUCCACCUUCCACUCGUGUGUGUGUGUUUUGUCCUGUCGCUUUAAGGCGGUGUCAAACUCCAGUCCCAUGCUCAGGGUACUUGUGAGGUUAAGAAUUGUUUGCGUAGCCUCUUAACUCCACACAGCAAUCCAGUGGAAUGAUUUUUGUCAUUUAAAUGAAUACUUAUUAUGCACAUUCAUUAAAUGUAAAAACAUCAGAUUUCAUGGCUGUUCAACUUGUUUUUCUGAGGCAGUCAUCACGGUGGAGGCUGCAUUACUGCUCCAUAUCUGACAUGCAAUAAAAGGCUGAUAUCGCCUUGAUAAAUAAACCCUUAGUCAAAGUUUAACCAUAUCAACAUGGUGCAGGUCACAGUUUUGAUUUCAACUUUAGUGUUUCAUUUCAACCGCACACCAGUAAACUGGAGGGAGUGUCCUUACAGUUUUAUUUGGUUGUUUAAGAGAGAGAGACGUGGUAGAAAGCAUGUAGAAAAACUGCUUAAAGUCGGUAAGUCUCUGUUACUCCACCAAGGAACUCUGCAAAGUUAUGUGGUGAAAGGUGUUGGUUUGUGUGUCCAUCUGUUAUUCCAUCUGUGUGUAACGUCACUCAAAGACAAAUGAAUUUGGAUGAAAUUUUCAGGGAAGGUCAGAAAUGACACAAGGACCAAGUGAUUAGAUUUUGGAAAUGAUGCAGCUUAUAGUUUGGAUCCACGGAUUUGUUAAAGAUUUCUGUUUCAUUGUGAGAUAGCGGCACGGCGUCACUGUAACCAUGACAACCAGUGAACUCUACAUCAGCUUGCGACCACACGAUUGUGAUCCUACUACAAAUCCACCGCUGAGGACUUCUCAGGACUUAUCCAUCAGAAACGAUGCAAGCAACAACAGAUUAAACUGUGGGCGUGAAUCCGAGUCUCAUCAAUUCACCUGCUACAUAAUUAAGUCAUGUGAUUCGGUGUCCGUACAUGACGUAAACAUGCAGAACACGUCUGUGCUCAGAGCAAGGUCGUUUUGUUUGUGGGUACAUCUGAAUGGACACAUUCUGUGUCACUGUGAUUCCUGAUCACCAAUAAAUAAUAAACAAAU